UUUUCAUGCGUCACAGUGCAAGUGUGUGCAAUGCACCCAUUGUACUUCCGGGUUUGGCAGAAUUGAAUUAGAAGAUUUUGACAGUGAUCACUUUUUUCGAAGUCAGAGGAGAUUUAAUAUCGGAUUUAUGCCCGGGAAUUCAAAAUGACAUCACAAGGAUCUCAUAAUGGACCUAUGCAUAAAAUUGUCGUUGUUGGAGGCGGAGGUGUUGGUAAAAGUGCCAUUACGAUACAGUUUAUACAGUCUUACUUUGUAACGGAUUAUGACCCAACGAUAGAAGACUCGUACACCAAACAAUGCGUUAUAGAUAACGUCGUCUGUAAAUUGGACAUUCUUGACACAGCAGGCCAGGAUGAAUUCAGUGCAAUGAGAGAGCAAUACAUGAGAACGGGUGAUGGAUUCUUACUAGUGUUUGCCCUUACAAACAGAACAAGUUUUGAUGAAAUUUACAAGUACCAUCGGCAGAUCCUCCGCGUCAAGGAUAGGGACGAAUUCCCCAUGAUCCUCAUCGGAAACAAAGCAGAUUUGGAGGAAAGCAGAGUAGUUUCAGCACAGGAAGCCAAGGAGCUCGGAAAUGAACUAAAGCUCAAAUACCUUGAGGCCAGUGCCAAGACACGCAUGAAUGUCGAUGAUUCUUUCUACGAACUCGUCAGGAGAAUAAGGAAAUUUCAAGCAGAUGAGAACCCGCCGAUCACAGCCCAACGGAAACCAAACGGCAAGCGGUCAUGUACGAUUCUCUAAAAGUAAAUGUGUGCCGAUGCCUUUAUGUUUCUAUUUUUAUAUAAUAUGCUUCGAAGAUCCCAAGCUCGCCAGAAAGUCAAAAGUGCCAUGAUAUUUUAAGUGCAUUGUACUUGUGUAAGAUGUGAACAUGGUUUGAUUUUUUCGUGUUUGUGUGAGAAUGAGAGUCACCUUCAAUGCGAGGUGAAAGUCACCUUCAGUGCGAGGUGAAAGUCACCUUCAGUGCGAGGUGAAAGUCACCUACAGUGCGAGGUGAAAGUCACUGUCAUGCUGAGAUGAAAGUCACUUUCACAUUUAGAUUAAAUGCUCUGGCUCCAAAUCCAAGUUUCUGGGGCCGGUCGCACAACACUUGGUAUUAUUACAUGUACGUGUAUAACAAAUUUGCAAUAUUCAGUAUAUGCUAUGAAAAUCGGUUAAUUUGAUUGGCCGAUACAUGUACAGUGAACUAGUUAUAGCAAUUGUGCAUUUUUUAUCACAACAACUCUGCAUGAAACAGGACCCAAAGGCCCAUUUCAUGAAGAGUUACAAGUAUUGUAAUUCAGCUAUUUAUGGCAAAGCUACAUGUACCAUGGUACCAGGGCUCAGCAGCCAAUCACAAUCAAGGUUUCCAUGCUACGUACAAUUAAUGGCAAAGUUACCAUAUUGGCAAGUAUUUAUGAAAACAGCUCCCAGACCUGAGGAUGUUUCAUGAAAGUUGUCAACACUGACUAAAUGCUUACAGUUAAUAGUCAGUGAAAUCUUUGGUUUUGAUUGGCUCAGAAGGUCUGGCCUCUGACUGUUACUAUAUUAACUGUCAGAGAAAGACAACUCGUCAGUGCAGACAACUUUCACGAAACGUUCCUCUGUUUGUAGAAGGGCUAUAACAACUUGACACGAGAUCCGAAAGAUUGUAGUCCUGGGAGAUUUGUUUUUUCCAGGGCUGAUUUCUUUAUAUAUUUUUUUUUCUCUGAGAAUCAUCAAGAUAUACAUAUACUGUUUAUUUUUUUUAAAAACAGAAAUACCCAUUCAUGUAGUCUAUAAAAUGAAAUAAUAUACAAUUUGUAUAACGCACGUAUCCACCUUCGCUCGGUGCUCAAGUCACUCCUAUAUUACCUGGCUUAGCCAGUCUUCAGAUUCUGAUGCACACAGCUUUUUGAGGAAUUACUUCCUGCCCUUACCCAUUUACCUCACCUGGGUCGAGUGCAGCACAAUGUGGGUAAAUUUCUUGCAGAAGGAAAUCAUGCCAUGGCUUGGAAUCAAACCCAAGUCCCUCUGAUUGAGAGACGAGAGACUAGACCAAAGCAUGACAGAGCACUCAAGAUUUAAUGCUAUGAUGGGCCAGGCAUAAAAAUCGGUUUGCAAAGACCUCUGAAGUAAAAUAAGCCUCUGUUAAUAUUGCAUGGAUUUAUGGAAUCACUUUUAUACAGAUGAAAAUGUAGACCUCUCUAUGGUUAGAUUCAACUCUGUGUUCUGUAUUGUUUUAAUAUUCUAUAUUGCACACUGUUCCCUCCAUGUUUACUUAAAAAUAUAAAAAUCACGACCCCAGAUAUUAUUCCCACUCAUGUUAUUUCUUUAGGUUUUGUUGCAUGUUUUACUGAAAAUUUUCACAAACUUAACAUUAUGUACUCUAAAAACUGAGCAUCCCCACAACAAGCUCGGUUGGUUCGCUUAUUUGCUUUUGAGUUUAUUCAAAAAUUUUAACGCAUCUUGACCCCCCCCUCUCAGGAAAAAAUUCUGUGUACGGCCAUGUCCCAUGCCAUUCUACCAUUGCAAUACCUUCAAAAAACAUACACUUUUUCAAACCAACAAACUAAUAUAAUGUAUAAGAAGAAGUGUGGCAUUUUAAUGACUGUUAAUAAUUUAUGCAGUGUGCAGAUAGUUUGACAAGUGUCCUAGUUUUCUAGAUAUUUUAUAAUUUAAUAACCAGUAUUGAGUCUGUGAGCAUUAGACUAGCCUGUGAAGUAUGGCAAGCCAAUCAUUCCUAACUUCAUUAUUUUAACAAAUGUCAACGUGUCAUGUGUAAUCUGUAUGACGGGGGUCGGCUCUCUCUUUAUCAGUCCUAUCUCAUUUAGUAGCCAGCUGUGAUAAGAAUCUAACCAUCUUCAAAGACAUGAUGCUCCCCUAAUGAUUCAUUAGACUACCAUCACACAUGCCUUGGUAUAAAAUUGAUUGCUCCAACCCCACCCCCUCCCCGCUCCCAGACGCCCCCUUUCCCUCCUUAUCGGAAGGUUUAUUUUCACUUGGUAUACUGGCAGAUAGUCUAUUAAAUUCCUAGAUUGUUUAACGCUAUCAGUGCUAAACACAUUUGAUCUACUAGUAGAUGGCCUUAUUCUGAGAUAUGUCUAACAUGGUCUAACUGUCAGAUUGUCUAAAUGGCUAAACCCACUUGGUCUAAGAACCGACAGAUCUAAUUCUCAGAUGUAGGUCUAACACUACCAUGACUAAACCCACUUGGUCUACUAGCAAAUGGUCUAAUUUUCAGAUUGUCUAAACCCCAUCAUUGCUAUUAGUUUUAUUUGCAAAACAUUUAAAAUGUUUUGAAAACCUUAUAGUCUUUGGGUUUUAUAUUACUGGUAUUUUACUAACAUAUAAAAAUGUGAACGCACCCAAAACCAGCAACUCACAAGCUCUUUAAGUAGUAACCUAUCAUCUUUGUCUAUUAUGGCAGCUGUAACCAUCAAUGUUUUAUUCAUUAAAUGAAAAAAACAACAUACUCUUCACACAUCAAUCUUAACUAUUAAAGACAUGGGGGGGGGGGGGGUGAGACAUAGGGGGAACAGUAUCUCCCCCUCCCCCGUUUCAGUAUUAGAUAGAGCAGCAGAUCAAUCUCUGACAUGGGCAAGGGUUGGGGAGGGGAGACAAACAGAGAACAUGUACUCCCCCACACAUUUUUAUCAUUUCAUAAAGAGUACUACACUCUACACACAUCA